AUGAGAACUCUAGAAAAUCAAGUUGGGCAACUAGCUAAUGAGCUUCGAAAUAGGCCACAAGGUACUUUGCCUAGUGAUACUGAAAAUCCAAGAAGAGAUGGAAAGGAGCAUUGCAAGGCGCUAAUCUUGAGGAGUGAAAAUGCUACAGCAAUUCCUCAUCAAAAUGCAGCAGAAAAGUUACUUAGCAAGCCACCCCCACCAUUUCCUCAAAGAUUUAAAAAGCAGCAAGAAGAUGGUCAAUUUCGAAGAUUUCUUGAUGCUCUAAAGCAGCUCCACAUCAACAUACCAUUAGUGGAAGCUUUGGAGCAAAUGCCCAACUAUGUAAAGUAUUUGAAGGACAUUUUGACAAAGAACAGGAGGCUAGGUGAGUUUGAAACAGUGGCUUUGACAGAAGGGUGUAGCGCCAUGUUGAAGAGCAAAAUUCCUCCUAAGUUGAAAGAUCCCAGAAGUUUUACAAUUCCAUGUACCAUUGGCGGAAGAGACGUGGGUAGAGCUUUAUGUGACUUGGGAGCUAGUAUCAAUUUAAUGUCGAUGUCUAUUUUCAAGAAGUUGGGAAUUGGAGAAGCAAGGCCAACCACCGUCACUUUGCAAUUGGCCGAUCGUUCCAUGGCCCAUCCGGAAGGAAAAAUUGAAGAUGUCUUGGUGCAAGUUGAUAAGUUUAUUUUUCCGGCCAAUUUCAUCAUUCUUGAUUAUGUGGCGGAUAGAGAAGUUCCUAUUAUUUUGGGAAGGCCAUUCCUUGCUACCGGAAGGACCUUGAUUGAUGUGCAAAAAGGGGAGCUUACUAUGCGGGUGAAUGAUCAACAAGUGACUUUUAAUGUGUUCAAUGCCAUGAGGUUUCCGGAUGAGAUUGAGGAAUGCUCUCGCAUAAGUGUGAUUGAUUCUAUUGUGGCUGAAAAAUUUCACAAGGAAGCUUCGAAAGAGGAAAAGAUGGUAAGUUCUCUUGAAGAGCUUGAAGCUUUAAGUGAAGAUGAAGAAACCAAAGUUACUUGGGUAGAGUCAAAGCAGCCUUUCACUAAGUUUAGGAGGCCAUUUGAGUCUUUGGAGUUGUCAGAGAACAAUUUCAAGCCUCCUAAACCUUCCAUUCAAGAACCACCCGAGUUGGAGUUGAAGCCGUUGCCUAGUCACUUGAAGUAUGUUUAUUUGGGAGAUGGAGAGACUUGCCGGUAA